AUGGAGGCGCCUAGUGAUGUCAGCGCUUUGCUCCGCAAAGCCGAGACGCUAAAGCGAGAUGUUGACUCAUCUCUGGAAGGGCUUGCUGCCAACAAGGCAGGUUCCGACGUCGCCAUGCAGCAGCGUCUCGCGGCUCUCUUUGCGGACUUGACCAACACGACGCAAAGAGUGCGGGAAGAGGUGGACGCGAUGCCUGAAAAAGGGCGUGCUGCCUGGGACAGGAAGGCAACGCGGCUGGAGGAGGAUGUGUCUGUUAUCCAACAUGCCGUGGACAAGCAGCUUGGAUCGUUCUAUCGUGUCAAACGAGAAGAGGAGAAUCGCAAGAAACUCCUCGGAGAUAGGAAGAAGAAGGAUGGCCCUGAUGACGAGAUGCAGGGCUUGGUGCGGGAGAACCGCUCUCUGCGAGACUCUGCCGCUGCCCUCGAUGAAGUCUUGGAGCAAGCAGGCUCCAUCUUUGGAAAUCUCGUGAACCAGAACAAGGUGCUGAAGAACGCGCGUCGGAAACUCUUGGACGCUGCGAACAGCAUUGGGGUGUCGCAGAGCCUUGUGAAUGUCAUUGACAGAAGACAGACUGGGGACAAGUGGCUGGUCUAUGGGGGGAUGGCUCUGACGCUGUUCAUCUUGUUUUCGCUCUGGUACCUGCUUCGCAUGUGA